UUAUCAAUCCCCAGAAAAAGGAAAACCAAAAUGGAAUCAGAAAAACCACCAAAGCGAACCAGUUGUUUAGCCGCCUGUUUGAGUUAUCGCACCCACACCCAUCAUCGUUGUUAUUUCUCGGGCUGUGGUCAAACGAGUAUCCUAUAAAGAUGGGGGCUCUCUGUCUCCAUUCCUGCAAGCUCGCCUUUCUCUGUCGUUGAAUGGACAAAACUUCAAUCUCGUCUUUGAAUUCGCAUUUUCUCAAUCCAUCCGUACGUGGUAUUUCCAGGAAAUAUAGUGCUGUCAGUUUCACUUCUUCAGGUUCUAGAUCGGUGCCUGGUUCGAGAAUCGGAUCUCCAACUCGUGCGAUGGCUUCAACUAACAUCAACCCCUCCGAUAUGAAGAUCGUCACCGGUGAAGCUGGUUAUGUUCUUGAAGAUGUUCCUCAUUUGCGGGAUUAUAUACCUGAUCUUCCUACCUAUCCUAAUCCGCUGCAACACAAUCCUGCAUACUCAGUUGUUAAGCAGUACUUUGUCGACAUGGAUGACUCUGUUCCGCAAAAAAUUGUCGUGCACAAGGAUACCGCAAGAGGCAUACAUUUCCGACGUGCUGGACCCCGUCAAAAGGUUUAUUUUGAGUCAGAUGAAGUCCAUGCUUGUAUUGUGACAUGUGGAGGUUUAUGCCCUGGACUCAAUACAGUUAUCAGAGAACUUGUGUGUGGCUUAUACCACAUGUAUGGCGUGAAGAGAGUCCUUGGAAUAGAUGGAGGAUACAGAGGCUUUUAUGCUCGAAAUACAAUUCCUUUGACCCCGAAGGUUGUCAAUGAUAUCCAUAAACGUGGUGGAACCAUCUUGGGGACAUCCCGUGGUGGCCAUGAUACCACAAAGAUAGUUGACAGCAUUCAAGAUCGAGGAAUCAAUCAGGUUUAUAUAAUUGGAGGAGAUGGAACACAGAAAGGGGCAUCUGUGAUUUUUGAGGAAGUCAGGAGACGCGGUCUUAAAGUUGCGGUUGUUGGGAUCCCGAAGACCAUCGAUAAUGACAUUCCAGUAAUUGACAGGUCAUUCGGCUUCGACACUGCAGUAGAGGAGGCUCAGCGUGCUAUCAAUGCAGCACAUGUGGAAGCUGAAAGUAUUGAGAAUGGUAUUGGGUUUGUAAAGUUGAUGGGUCGCUACAGUGGUUUUAUUGCGAUGCAUGCUACUCUUGCAAGCAGAGAUGUGGAUUGUUGUUUGAUUCCUGAAUCGCCCUUUUACCUCGAAGGGGAUGGUGGACUUUUUGAAUUCAUUGAGAAGCGGCUCAAAGAAAAUGGGCACAUGGUUAUUGUGAUGGCUGAAGGUGCUGGGCAGGAGCUGUUGUCUGAGAGCAUGAAUUCAAUGGCCAAGCAAGAUGCUUCAGGAAACAAACUACUUCAAGAUGUUGGGCUGUGGAUGGCACAGAGGAUCAAGGAUUAUUUUUCAAAAGAAAAAAUGAUGACCAUAAAUCUCAAAUACAUUGAUCCAACAUACAUGAUUCGUGCAAUUCCAGGCAAUGCAUCUGACAAUGUAUAUUGCACAGUUCUUGCUCAGAGUGCUGUGCAUGGAGCUAUGGCAGGUUUUACCGGCUAUACUAGUGGUCUUGUCAAUGGCAGGCAGACUUAUAUACCAUUUUAUAGAAUCACAGAGAGACAGCAUCAAGUGGUGAUCACUGAUAGGAUGUGGGCUAGGCUUCUGUCUUCGACCAAUCAGCCAAGCUUUCUGAAGGCAAACGAUGUGAUCAAUGCCAGGAAAGAGGAAGAACCACCAACUCAAUUGUUGGACGAUGGACGUUGUUUAGACAACAAUGUGCUUGACAAAGAGAUUAGCCAUGUCUGACUGAGAUCUGUGCCUCAGUUCUGUGUGGAUUGAUACUUCCGUUGCCUUAGCACCAAUAUUUUGGCUAAUAGCACUUGCCCCUUCUCCCAGGCCUCCUAGUUCUCCGCGUCCCGGGAUCCAAUGGUUUGUUUAUAUUCUUUAGUUUUGAAUUAAUGAAGUACUUGAACUUCUAGUUCAGUUACUCAAUAAUGUCAUGUACCGAGAUAGUCUCAAUGGUUGUAAUGAUAAAGUCUAGAAGCAAAAAUUAGGUUUGCUCUAUUUCUUGGUUGGAGUUGUCAACGAUGAAGUAAGUUGCACUGUUUCUCUUGAUCCAUGAGUUGUUAUCGUUAACAAAGUUUUAUGUACGUGAAAAAACAUGUAGUUGAGAUCUUUUAAUUGUUUGCUAUUGACAGCAAACAAGAAUUGGCAUAGAAGUAUGUGGAUUGCACUCUGUUUACCAGA